AUGGGAUUACUUACUAUAAUAAAGAAGCAGAAGCAGAAGGAUAAAGAAGUUAGAUGUCUUGUCAUUGGUUUGGAUAAUUCUGGUAAGUCUACUAUAGUGAAUCGAUUAUUACCCGAGGAUGAACGUGAGGAUAAAAUUACACCUACCAUUGGUUUUCAAAUAAAGACUUUUACCAUUGACAAUACUUUCAAUAUCAAUUUAUGGGAUGUCGGUGGUCAAAAUUCAUUAAGACCAUUCUGGGAGAACUAUUUCAAUAAGACAGAUGUACUAAUUUGGUGUAUUGAUAUUAGUCUACCAGUCCGAUUCAAUGAAUCAUUUUCUGAAUUACAAAAUCUAAUUGUUAAAAAUGGUGAUAGGAUUGGAUAUGAUUGCCAUGUAGUUGUUAUUCUAAACAAAAUUGAUCUAUUAGACGAUGACGAUAUGACUAAUAGUGAUAUAAUUUUAAAUAUUGAGGAGAAAAUUCAAAAUAGUUUUAAUAUUGAAAAUGGUGAUAAUAUGCUAAACUCCAUCGAUAUAAUAAAUAAAAGAAGAGAGGUCGAUUUUAUAAGAUGUAGUGCAAUUAGUGGUGAAGGCAUUGAUGCUAUAAAGGAGGCCAUUCUCUCUCAAAUUUCAAGAUAA